AUGAGGAAGUUCAGACCGUGGAAACUCCGCUGUCCUGCCAUCCGCCUGCCCUCACUGACUGCGUUCUCUCUCUGGAGGAGGGCCGAGCCCACCACCUCAUCCAAAGGGGACAUGUGUAAGAGCCUGACUACUGCCGAGUGGAAGAAAAUCUUCUAUGAGAAGAUGGAGGAGGCAAAGCCUGCCGACAGCUGGGAUUUCAUCAUGGACCCUAACCUGCAGCACAAUGUUCUGGCCCCAGGCUGGAAGCAGUACCUGGAGCAGCAUGCCUCGGGCAGGUUCCAUUGCUCUUGGUGCUGGCACUCCUGGCAGUCUUCGCACGUGGUCAUUCUUUUCCACAUGUUCCUGGACCCGGCCCAGAGGAUGGGCUGCGUGCGGAUGCGGGUCUUUAAACAGUUCUGCUACGAGUGCGGCACCGCCCGGCUGGACGAGUCCAGUAUGCUGGAGGAAAACAUCGAGGGCCUGGUGGACAAUCUCAUCAUCAGCCUCCGGGAGCAGUGCUACGGCGAGCGCGGCCAGUACCGAAUCCACGUGGCCAGCCGCCAGGACAACCGGCGCCACCGCGGGGAGUCGUGCGAGGCCUGCCUGGCGGGCAUCAACCACUGGAAGCCCAGCGACAAGCUGCUGGAGGAGGAAGCCACCACCUACACCUUCUCCCGGCCGGCCAGCCCCAACAAGGCCUCGGAGGGCAGCCAGGGCUGCAACUUCUGCUCCAUCCCCUGGUGCCUCUUCUGGGCCACGGUGCUGCUGCUCAUCAUCUACCUGCAGUUCUCCUUCCGCAGCUCCGCCUGACGGGCCGGCGCGGUGGGCAAAGCCACAUGCCCGAAGAGGCAGGGACAGGGUCGGCUGGCCCGGACCGCCUCGGCUUUGCACAUUCCAGGCGUGGCUGUCUAGAGAAGUCCUGCGGAGGUGGCUCUGAUCUGCUUCCUCUGGCCCCAUUCUUUAUCUCCUCUAGAACUCCCACUAAAUCCCCCCACCACUGGCUUUGUCCCAUUUCUGUGACCUUCUGUUAAAUGAUAGACACCGAUGGUUACCCUCAGAGAGGGUAGAUGAGGAAACCGCUGUCUGCAUCCUUUCCAACGCUCUGUCCCACAAAUAAGGACAUUUGGGACCUCAGUCCUCCCUCCCUCUCCUCCCAGUCCCUAGGGUUCAGUGUCUGAGGCUGGUCUUGACUGCUGGGGAUUGUCUUGGCUCAGAACAGUCAGGAAUAAAAAUGAAAAUUCAGCUCCCCACCCACCACACCCUGAUUUAUGGAGAUGCCUUGGGAUCCUAAGGACUGUCCUGUUUAAGGACUCUCAGCCUGAGCUGUUCUGUGUCUCUGGCCCAUCACCUCUGGAUGGAGGAAGGAGAGGAUGUGAAUAGCAGAUAAUAGAGGCCCAAACUUCUAGAGCUCACUGGGCCCUUGGGAGGUCUGGGAAGAAACCCAAAGCUGAAGAACAGCAGGGACUCCAGAGCAGAGGAGACAGCCCUCCUGGGCGCUGUUGUUAAAACCAGCUCUGGGCAGCUGGGCAUCACUGCUCAAGAGACUUCACCUCAACUUAGCACAGGGCCUGGCACGUAGUGGGUGCUUAAUAAAUGCAGGUCGACUGACUGAGAUGGGGGACUGGAGGGAAUGAUGGUGAGGGGGAGUGAAUGAGUGAGAAACUCUGCCUGUAGAGAAAGGUUAUAGCAACCAAAGUCGUUCAUGUGGGGAUGAAGCCUUCUCAUGUGGAGACUUGGGGGGGAUUUUCUGACCUUGAGUGGGAGGAUGAAUUGGCCUCAGCUUAGUGAGGCAAUCCAUUAGCCCACAGCUUUGUGUGGAGGCCCCAAAUUCCUUUCUACCAUGUGCUAAUGGUCCCUACCUCCUGGGAUGGUAUCUUUGCCUGUUUUCUCAU